CCUCGGGGCGGAAGGCCUGCCCUGUGUGAGGGGGGCAUGGCCAGUCCUUCGGCCCCUGCGGGGGGGACCCCCCAUGGGGCCGCCCCCGAUUGGGCGGGAUUUGAAGACAAUGGCCAGGGCGGGGGCUCCGCUGUCAUCGACAUGGAGAACAUGGACGACACAUCGGGCUCCAGCUUUGAGGACAUGGGAGAGCUGCACCAGCGCCUCCGGGAGGAGGAGGUGGACGCCGAGGCCGCCGCCGACGACGAAGAAGAUGGCGAGUUCCUGGGGAUGAAGGGCUUCAAGGGACAGUUGAGUCGCCAGGUGGCCGACCAGAUGUGGCAGGCCGGAAAGAGGCAGGCCACCAAGGCCUUCAGCCUGUACGCCAACAUCGACAUCCUCCGGCCCUACUUUGACGUGGAGCCCGCCCAGGUGCGCAGCAGGCUUCUGGAAUCCUUGAUGCCCAUCAAAAUGGUCAAUUUCCCCCAGAAGAUCGCAGGCGAGCUGUAUGGACCCCUCAUGCUGGUCUUCACUCUGGUGGCCAUCCUCCUGCACGGCAUGAAGACGUCUGACACCAUCAUCCGAGAGGGCACCUUGAUGGGCACCGCCAUCGGCACCUGCUUCGGCUACUGGCUGGGCGUCUCCUCAUUCAUCUACUUCCUGGCCUACCUUUGCAACGCCCAGAUCACCAUGCUGCAGAUGCUGGCCCUGCUGGGCUACGGGCUGUUCGGACACUGCGUGGUCCUGUUUGUUACUUACAACGUCCACCUCCACGCCCUCUUCUACCUGUUCUGGCUGCUCCUGGGCGGGCUGUCCACCUUACGCAUGGUGGCGGUGUUGCUAUCGCGGACGGUGGGCCCCACCCAGAGGCUGCUCCUGUGCGGGACCCUGGCCACUCUCCACAUGCUCUUCCUGCUCUACCUGCACUUUGCCUACCACAAGGUGGUGGAAGGGCUCCUGGACACCCUGGAGGGCCCCAACGUGCCCCCCUUUCAGCGAGUGGCCCGGGACGUCCCGGCCGGGGCCCCCGUGGCCGUGCUCAACGACACCGUGAAGGCCCUGCUGCUGACCCCGCGACCCCGCUGACCCUCGGGCCUGGGGCGUUCCGGGCCGCCCUCCCGGACACUGCCUCGCCCGCCCAAGGGAAUGAUUAAAGGACCAUGCUGGGCA